AUGGAUUCCAGAAAUCAAAGUAGCCAGUACUCUGGCUACAUUGGCAUUCUUACGAGUCAACAACAAUAUGUUGUUCAGGAAAACAUUCCUCCUGAAAGUUUUCCUUAUAGUGUAAACAUUGGAGGCUCCGAUAUACCUCCUUUCAGUUCGCAGCAAGCUCAGACUCCAUCCCAACCUGAUGCGACACCAGUGGAGCGUGUGGUGAGAAAGAAAUGGACUCCUGCUGAUGACGAGGAUCUCAUCAGUGCCUGGCUAAACACAUCAAAGGAUGCUGUUAUUGGGAAUGAACAGAAGUCAGGGACCUUCUGGAAACGCGUAGGAGAGUACUUCGCAGCAGAGAGACAAGUUACGAGCGGUCAGAGUGACAAUGACGUUCUAAUGGUGGCUCAUGAGAUCUUCUACGCUAAUAACGGAACCAAGUUUACCCUUGAGCAUGCGUGGUGUGUCUUGAGGUAUGAACAGAAGUGGAUUAACCUGAACCCUCCUAAAGCUGCUGUCAGUUCAAAGAGAAAGACUGGUGAGGACGCUUCCCAACCUUCAAGUACCAACGUUGGUGAGGGAGAGAUAAGGCCUGAAGGUAUAAAGGCUGCAAAAGCCCGAAGGAAUAGUAGUCAAGGAAAGGCUGUUGAGAACUAUAGGAACAUGUGGGAGCUCAAGAUGGAAGAUUUGUCAAAGAAGGAGAAACUCUCGAAGCUUGCUAUACUAGACACUCUCCUUACUAGAAAGGAGCCACUUAGUGAGAGUGAAGAAGCUGUCAAGAAUAUACUCCUUGCUGAGUUGUUCUAA